GGCGCGCGAGAUAGAGAGACGGAAAGGAGAGAGAGAGAGAGAGAGAGAAGGAAGGAAGGAGGCGUUUUUCCGACCGGCUCUGACGGCGCGCGCGAAGGGGCGGCGGUCUCGCCGAGCGAAAGAUCAACAAAGGGAGCGAAGCCGCUCGGUUUCCGAACGACGACGUCGUCGCGGCCAGGAGGUCCCCGGACGAGCGAGACGGAGAGCUGGCGGAAAGCGGAGCGUCCCCCCCCCCCCGCGCGAGCGAACACCUGUGCGUGAUGCGAGGCGGGUGUGCGGACAGUGCAUCCCGACACUGCAGCUCGUGCGUACGUACGCACGGGACGGGAGACGAGUAGUCGUGCAGGAGUCGCCGGAAGCAGCGGUCGCGUCGCGCCGCCGCGCGUAACCGUUAAAGAUCCGUCCUCGCGUACAUCACGGCGUGUGAUUCUCAUCCCCCCUCGCCCCCCGCUACCCCUCCCCUGUCGGGGCAUUAACACGAGGAACCGUCGCGCGGUGCGAGUUUCGAUCGUGUGCGAGUGCGCGCGUGUGUGUCCGGUGCUCUACGUACGUGUUCUCUGUUUUGUAGCCGGAUAUCAACCCCGGUCGUCAACAGUUCCCGACUUUGACGUUUCGACCGACGUUCCGUCGACGUUUCGUGCGGGGUUGGAAAAAGAAUAAACAUGGUGGUGGUGGUGCGAGAGCGCGACGAGAUCGAGCGAGACGGACAGACGGAUAGUUAGACGGAGAAGGAAAGAGUCUCGCGAGAGAGAGCGAGAGGAGGAGCGACGACGGCGGCAGCAGUGUGGCAGCGAUCGGCCAGCAGUCGGUUCGCCAGAAGCGACGAAUUCGAUCGGCGCUUCCUUUGUCCGCGCUUCGAGAGAGAGAGAAAGAGAGAGGGAAGGGAAGCGAUUCGCGGUGAGACACGCGGCCCGAUUGAUGUCAACGAUACGACGACGUUUCGCGCGACCCUCGAGACGCGGCCUGCGAGUUUGCAUCGUCGCCCGACUCGAUUUUCGUGCACGCUGUCAACACGCCGCUGUCCAAGGGCACUAAAGUGUCAGCCGGGAUUCUCAUCGCGUCAUCCAGCCGCGACGUUACUAAUCGACGAACGACGGCGACGACGACGUCGCGGUGCAUGGUGUUAUGUCGUCGCCGACCGAGAGCCGCGUGAUUCGUCGGUGCCGGUGACGAAAAGCGUCCGUUCCCGACGAAGAGAGGACGGGAUUAGGAUGUGAGAAAGGUGGAAGGUAUCUCGUGGAGAAAGAGAGAGGCGGAAGGGGAGAGAGGAAAAUUUGGGAAACGAUUCUCCCACACGGCCAUUCGGGUAUCUAAUCAAAAGAAGAGAGGAAAAAUACACUCAUUGCUCGAGACUAUAACCGGUGAGUGCGAACGAGUGCGCGCGAAAUUUGUCAUUCGCCUCAAGUGUACUUGUUAAGUGAAUGUUUAUGUAAAUCGACAGGUAAAUCAGCGGAAAGGCGGAGGAUACGAUCUAUAAUCGCGGCGAGAGGAGCGGCAGUUUCUGGCCAUCGAAUCGACAACAAUGAGACUCGGGCCGGCGAGUCGCGAAGAUCCGGCGACUAGAUUUCCCGAGGGUAUUUUCGGGCGCUGACGAACGGCGUCGAACGGAACAGCAGCGGCACGGCAACAGCGACUGCGACGUAGUCGUCAAAUUCGCGACGGCCCGGUGCCAAUAACCUCCGUGUAACCAGUCGGAGGUUGGGUAGGCCGCUUCCUCGCACGGCGAUGAUGCGUUCGCCCUCGUCGCGCGCGACAGAUCGUAAAAUUAGAAGACGCGAGGAGGCCCGCGAAGCCGAAAAGAGAGACGUCGCGAGCGAGCGACGACGAAGAAGAAAAGGCCCGGAUGGUAGGCACCGGCUGACGAUGUUCAACGUGCGGGACUCCCGCUGGCGGAUCGACGCGUGUGACGGUGUACGUGAGGAAAGUGCGGUUCCAUAGUUCCUCCUCUCUUCGCGCGAGUGCGAGGAUCGCCUUCGUGUUCAAGAGUCGGGCUCUGACCAUCGACCGAGAGGAUAUCGGUCGAUUAAACCCGCGCCCGGCGUCUUAACUCGUCGAAACGCGAGUGCAACUUGUCUAGUCUGCUGCAUUUACUUGUGCGAGGAUCGCCGCGAUUCCCGGGGAUGCAAUUAGAGGAAUUGAUUUCGUCGGCAGGCAGCUCCACGUGCGAUUCACUCCGACGAGUCUUGAGUUUCUGACGCAAUCGCACAUUCCCGUCCGGGAGCUAGGCAUUUUCCGGCUUUCCUCGGAACGAGACUGACCCGUCGCGGGUUCCUGUAGUCGAUUAUAAUUUAUUCAAACCGCGCUGUCAAACGCAGCAUGUCUCUCGUCCAGUUUGGGCUAUUAUUCUUCGACGCGUCCGGCGAGGGGGCGAGAAAACGCGGAGAAUCGCUGAUCGCACCGCGCUGAUCCACUAGUAUUUCGCGUAUCAUCCCGAUGACGAGCCUCGACAAGGACAAAACAGAGCGAACGCGAACAAAUGGGCACCAAUGAUUAGCUUGGCUCUAUCGGCGGCGGCAAGCAGGAUCGAGAUGCCCCUCUCCAAAUCGAAUCCGUUCGUGCCGGCGAGCGCAAUCUCGACGCAGCCGUACAUCUCGAGCAGCGAGAGCAGCAAUCAUCUGCCGCCGAUCAUCAAAGGUACCGGGCUGAAGCAGACCGGUGGCGGUGGCGGCGGCGGCGGAGGCGGAGGCGGCGGUGGUGACGAGUCCGUGCCUUACCCGGGUUAUCAGAGACUACCGUGGAAAGGCGAGAGCCUGAAUAACUGGCCCGUGAGCCACAACCCCAGUCACAACUCGCACUCGCAGCCCAACAGCCAGUCGAGCAGCCCGGUCGUGAGAAACGGACGUUCCGAUGGCAACUCCAAUAGCGGUAGCGGCCGCGGGGGGGCCGGGGGCGGCGGCGAGGGUGGAGGAAACGGCGGUAGCGGCAGCAACAGCAUCGUCAGCGUCAAACCGAAGACGGCGACCAUCACGCCGGAGAUGGUGAUGAAGCUGUACAUGAACAAGCUGACGCCUUACGAGCAUCACGAGAUCUUCAACUACCAGCAGAUCUACUUCAUCGGCGCGAAUGCGAAGAAGCGGCCGGGCAUCAUCGGUCGGCCCAACAACAACGAGUACGACAACGAACAGGGCUCGUACAUCCAUGUGCCCCACGACCACGUGGCGUAUCGCUACGAGGUGCUGCGCGUGAUCGGCAAGGGCUCGUUCGGCCAGGUGGUCAAGGCCUACGAUCAUAAGACGCACGAGCACGUGGCGCUCAAGAUGGUGCGCAACGAAAAGCGCUUCCACCGUCAGGCGCACGAGGAAAUACGCAUAUUGCGUAAGCUGCGCGAGCAGGACAAGGACAACACCAUGAACAUCAUUCACAUGUUCGACUCGUUCACCUUCCGCUGUCACAUGUGCAUCACCUUCGAGCUGCUCAGCAUCAAUUUGUACGAGCUCAUCAAGAAGAACAACUUCAAGGGCUUCAGUUUGCAACUCGUGCGCAAGUUCUCGCACUCGCUGCUGCUCUGCCUGGAUGCGCUCUACAAGAACAAGAUUAUACACUGCGACAUGAAGCCGGAGAACGUGUUGCUCAAGCAGCAGGGUCGCAGCGGCAUCAAGGUGAUAGAUUUCGGUUCGAGCUGCUAUGAAAAUCAACGGGUAUACACUUACAUCCAGAGUCGCUUUUACCGAGCACCGGAAGUGAUAUUAGGCGCAAGAUACGGCAUGCCGAUCGAUAUGUGGAGCCUCGGUUGCAUCCUGGCGGAGCUUUUUACUGGUUUCCCGCUGCUGCCGGGCGAGGACGAGGCGGACCAACUGGCGUGCAUCAUCGAGAUGCUGGGCAUGCCGCCGCAGCGGCUGCUACAGAACUCGAAGCGUUCGCGCCAGUUCAUCAGCUCGAAGGGCUACCCGAAGUACUGCACCGCGACGGCGAUGCCGGACGGAACGACAGUGCUAAGCGGGGGUCUAUCGAGACGAGGAAAGCUACGUGGUCCGCCAGGCUCGCACGAUCUCGAGCGCGCCCUCAAGGGUUGCGAUGACGUGCUGUUCCUGGAUUUUCUAAGACGUUGUCUCGUGUGGGAGCCGGAGUACCGGAUGACGCCCAACAAGGCGCUCAGGCAUCCGUGGCUGCGCCGUCGACUACCAAGGCCGCCGGGCGAUAAGAACGACACGCUACCGGCGGUUACGUCGGCGCAGCCCGCGACCACUGGCGGUCCCACCCUGAGGACGUCCGCGUCCGGCAGCAGGAGUUCCAGCAAGACCAACAGUCUACAGAGUGGCAAUAACACCAACGACGACAUCGCCGCGAGCAAGACGACGGGUCAGCAGAGGGCAAACCGCUUGGUAGAGGACGUAGUGUCCACUUACGCGGUUUAUCCGUCGUACGGCGCGUCUCAACUACACGGUAGCACUUGGAGCACGACGGGAGGACUGAGCAGUGGCCACCAAUCGCUCAAUUCCGUCGGUGGCGGCGGCGGUGGCGGCAGAAGUUCCUCCAGCAAGACUAACAGCUUGCAGAGCAGUAAUAAUACCAGCGACGAUAUCGCCACGAGUAAACCUACCGGCCAGCAAAGAGGAAACCGUUUGGUGGAGGACGUAGUUUCCACUUGCGCGGGUUACUCGUCGUACGGCACCUCCCAAUUGCACGGUAGCACUUGGGGUACAACGGGAGGGCUGAGCAGCGGUCAUCAAUCGCUCAAUUCUGUAAGUAGCAGGAGCUCCAGCAAGACUAACAGCCAGUUACAAGGUGGUAACAAUGCGGCAACUGCCGAUAUCUCCGCGAGCAAGACAGACCGUCAGCAGCAGAGAGAUCGUACGAGCGAAUUGCCGGUAACGAUCUUUGACUCUUAUCCUCUUGGAUCUUACGGUUGCCUGUCCGAGCAAUUGCACGGGAAUCAUCGGACGAACCAGAGCAGUAGUCAUCAAUCGCUCAAUUCCGUCGAUGGUGCGACGACUGGCAAGUCGCAGCGCGCUCGUCAAACGCAUCAAACGCAACAACAACAGCACAAUAAUAACGGCACGUCGCAUGACAAUUACGGCUCUCAUGGCUCCUCGAGCGGUUCCAGCCGGUUAGUAUUGUCGCUUCAUCCGGCGGUCCAGGAGAUUCUCGAGGAGCUGAGACGAUAGGCCGAGAUGCGAGACCACCCUUUCUCUCCUCUUCGACUCAUCCGAUCAUUGCCAUCCUCGGCGCUGCUUCUGAAUAUUUCGUAUUCGACGAUCGUGCGGUUUCCUCAUAGAUAAAAAAAAAAUACGCAAGGAUAAGAAUGAUCCGGUCUCGGUUAACCGACGUAAAACUCGGCUGUGGUUCGCUGCCUGCCGUUCGGACAACAUUCGAUCCGUAUCGCCUCCUUAACUUAAUAUCGAGAGGGAAGAAGGGUGGUCAUCUCAUCAGCGAUCUCGGAUUCACCGCUGUGAUUCACACAUUGCGUUUCUACAAUCGCCGGUGUGGCUAGUUGUAAGUGGGAUGUGAAAUAGUUAUAAUCUAGCGAGAUCACAGAAGAGAUUCGUUCCAUGAAAUAUGUAUGAAAAAAUAUAGUCAUAAAUGUUCUUUUGAAACUCAUUUAAUCGAAUGAUCGAGUCUGAAAUAUUAUUUCGAGAAGGACUAAUAAUCGUGAAAAUCUUAAUUAACGGAAGAAGGAAACGGUAAUUUGAAAAUAUGCGAAAAGUUUCGUCUAAGUAAAUGAUAAUUAAAUCAAGGCUGGUGUGAUCUUUUAAUGCUAUUUAUGCGAUUCGAUAUUUACAAUAUUCUGUUUUUCGCAAUCGUGUAAGUAUCUUCUUAAUA